UACGUGAACCAUAUGCCAGGGGAGCAGACCUUUCUCUCCGCAGUAAUUCGGUUAUUUUUGCGUCUGUUGUGUUUUUACUAAAGUAGGCUACCUACAUUUAAGUACAUUUUACAGUAGCAAGAAGAAUGGGCUGCGCAAUAUCAGGACUGGCACCGAAAACAGCUGGAGCGACGAAAACGGAGGAUGAUGUUGCGCAUCUCAGCGAGGAGCAGAUCCAGAUGAUUAAAGAGUCGUGGAAAGUUAUCCAGGAGGACAUUGCGAAAGUUGGAAUUAUUAUGUUCGUCAGGUUAUUUGAGACCCAUCCAGAAUGCAAGGAUGUAUUCUUUCUGUUUCGAGACGUGGAGGACCUUGAGAUGUUACGGACCAGCCGGGAGCUGAGGUCACAUGGCCUACGAGUAAUGUCCUUCAUUGAGAAAAGUGUGGCCAGACUGGACCAGCUGGAGAGACUAGAGGUUCUUGCUGUGGAGCUGGGGAAGAGCCACUACCGCUACAACGCCCCACCCAAAUACUACAGCUAUGUAGGAGCAGAAUUCAUCUGUGCUGUUCAACCCAUUCUCAAAGAGAGAUGGACCCCUGAGCUUGAGGAGGCAUGGAAGACCCUGUUCCUGUACCUGACCAGGCUUAUGAAGCAGGGCUACCAGGAGGAGACGAGCAGACAUCACCAUGUGGCAGCAUCCCCCAAGGAGAGGCCAGAGAAGAGGAGCACAGCCUUAUAAGAGGCCUGGCUUUGGCUGGCCUCCACCCAGAGACUGUUGAGCAUAGCACAGAAAUGUGUCACGUGACUUUUAGCUG